AUGACUUGGAGAGAUACCUUACGACCUUACUUCCCUCAUCUCAAAGAGAUUGACGAAGAGUACGAAGCCGAGCGCCUUGAAGCCAUCAUCGCGACUCGCCGACAAGAAACUUCAGAAAAAGAUGAAGAAGCAACAACAGUAACUACUUCAUUAUCAGAGCCUGAAUGGGAGAUUCGUGAUGAAGCCAAUCGCAAAUGGUGGGCCAUUUUCAACGAGUACGAAUACAAAACCAAAUCUGAGAAGCAGGCCCAACACAAGUGGUACCACUGGUUUGAUGCUAGUGACACACCAGAGGAAAAACGCUUGAUUUUGAAAUUAGACCUGGUGCUUGCCUUUUUCUCGCUUUGCAUGUACUGGGUCAAAUACCUUGACCAGUCUAACCUUAACAAUGCCUAUGUCUCAGGUAUGAAGGAAGAUCUCGGUAUGAAGGGUAAUGAUCUUGUCAAUACACAGAUUGUCUAUACAGUAGGCUCUGUUGUGUUCCAGAUUCCCUUCAUGUAUCUUAUUCACCGCUAUCCCACUCACUACAUUUUGCCCUUUAUGGAUCUUGGCUGGGGUCUUUUCACCCUUGCUUCUUAUCGCGCUAAAACCGUGGGUCAGCUUCAAGCCUUUAGAUUCUUUGUUGGUGUGUUCGAGUCUGCCUUUUACCCUACUAUCCACUACCUCUUUGGGUCUUGGUACAAGCCCCACGAGUACGCGCGGCGUGGCGGUAUCUACUACUUUGGCCAAAUGAUUGGCAUUCUGACGGCUGGAUUGCUACAAUCCGCGGCCUACCAAAACCUGCACAUGACCAAUGGACUUGAAGGCUGGCGCUGGAUGUUUAUUAUCGAUGCAAUUAUCACUAUACCAAUUGGUGUUAUUGGGUUUUGGUCACUCCCGGGGACCCCGACAAAAACUUAUUCCAUUUUGCUCAACAACCAAGACGUUUAUGUGGCUCGUAAGAGAUUACGUGAGGCUAAUAUUGCGUUGGAAACUGAAGGACCUCAAUUCUUUAACAUUGAACUUUGGAAAAACAUUUUGGGCGACUGGAAGUACUACGGUUAUGUUAUGCUGAAUGUUUUAUCUUGGAACACCUCCAACGGUUCUUCUGGUGCCUACCUCUUGUGGCUCAAGAGUCUGGGCAGAUACUCCAUCCCUAAAGUCAACCAAUUGUCAACUAUUACCCCAGCUCUUGGUAUUCUCCACAUUUUCACCACUUCCUUGAUUUCUGAUCUCGGCCGGUCUAAGUGGGGGGCCAUCAUGUAUUCACAAUCCCUCAAUUUCCUCGGUAAUUUGCUUCUGUCAAUCUGGGAUGUACCUGAGGGAGUCAUCUGGUUUGCCUUCUGUUUGCAAUAUUACGGAUGGGCUGCAUCUACUGUCAACUAUUCAUGGGCUGCUGAUGGCUGUCGUCACAACCCUCAACACCGUGCCAUUACAGUAGUUUCAAUGAACAUGAUUGGCCAGGCAAGUACAGCGCUGACAUCUGCAUUUGUGUGGAAAACUGUUGACGCUCCAAGAUAUCUCAAGGGUUACUCGUUCACAGCCACAGCUACUUUCUGCAUGAUUCUGUGGGCUUCGUUUUUCCUUUUGCCAUUGUAUAAACGUGAAGAGCGUAAGCAUGCGGCAGAGAAUGGUAUUCUUUUGUACAACUCUGCAAAGGGAGAAGAACCUCCUGUGCCACCACCCAGUGUGUAUUCUGAAGAUGUGCGAUCUAUUGAGAAUGAAAAGACCGGAAGAAUUUUGGAGAAUACAGAGUCCAAAUGA